ACUUGCAUCUCUAGCUGUAUACCUAGUAUUACCAAGUCCCAAUAGUUUCUGACUUAGCCAUUUAUACCUUCACAAAUAAAAUUUUAGGGAACGGUUCCAAAAGUUGUGCUUUAUUAUUAUAAGGACUUACAUACCAAUAGCGGGGAGUACUGUAUAUAAAAUGAAUCGGACAGUCAUUCCCAGAAUAUAAGGCGCAUUGUACAAAUCAGCAUUGUCGUCCACAUUUCAUCCUAAGUAAGCAAAUCAUCAAAAUUCCACAAUGAAAGUGACUGUUACCACUCUGAACGACGAGAUCUUCGUCUUGGACGUUUCGGAAGACCUGGAAUUGGAAAAUUUCAAAGCGUUCUGCGAGAUAGAGUCUGGUUUCCCUGCUAAAGAGAUCACUCUAAAUUUCAACGGCAAACCUCUUCUGGACGAUAAAAAAUCGCUGAAAGAGCACGGCGUGCACGAUGGAGACGUAAUCGUGUUACUUCAUAUGGUUCAGUCCGCUUCGAAUCUCAAUUUGAACGAUGCAAACCAAGCUUUACCAACUGGCUUAGCCAAUUUAGACUUCAGUAAUAUUCAAGUGCCACCUGGGGCAAGUACUUCAAUGGCUGCAAGAAAUCCACCUGUAGAAGAGGACCCUCGCAUAAUUAGAGAGAUGUUCCUUGCCAAUCCUGACCAAUUGGCAUUACUCAAACAAAAUAAUCCAAGAUUAGCUGAUGCAUUGCUUAGUGGUAACCUUGAUACAUUUGCAUCAGUACUUCGUGAACAAAUAUCUGCUAGAAGCGAACGUCAACAACAAAGAAUAAGAAUGAUGAAUUCUGACCCAUUUGACACUGAGGCACAAAGAAUGAUUGCUGAGGAAAUCCGCCAGAAGAAUAUUGAAGCAAAUAUGGAAGCUGCCAUGGAGUAUAAUCCUGAAACUUUUGGAACUGUGGUCAUGUUAUACAUCAACUGUCAUGUUAAUGGCUUUCCAGUAAAGGCUUUCAUAGAUUCAGGUGCGCAAACAACAAUAAUGUCUGCAGCUUGCGCUGAACGAUGCAACAUCAUGCGACUUGUAGAUACCAGAUGGGCUGGCAUAGCAAAAGGUGUGGGUGUACAACGCAUCAUUGGUCGCAUCCACAUGGUGCAGAUGAGAAUUGAAAAGGACUUCCUUACCACAUCUUUCUCAGUGCUGGAGGAACAGCCUAUGGAUAUGCUGCUUGGACUGGAUAUGCUCAAAAGACACCAGUGCAAUAUAGACUUGAAACGGAACGUUCUGCGCAUCGGCACCACAGGAACCGAGACGCCGUUCUUGCCAGAAUCGGAACUGCCGGACUGUGCUAGGCUCUCCGGCUUAUCAGAAGACGAGAUCGUGAGCCAGUCCGUGAGAGAUCACGAGGAGCGCCAAGUGAAAGAAGCAUUGGAAAAAUCAAAGCAAGAUAUUGCAGAAAAGCAGAUGCCUAAAUCUAGUUCUGGUCCUCAAGCAUCAUCCAAUGGAACGCAAACUGGGCAGAGAAUUGGUCUUGUCGAUCCUGGUCAGACCAUCUUGCCAACUGAUAAAUUUGGAGAAUCUGAAGUGGAAGAAAUAGUUGGCUUCGGCUUCACCCGAGAGCAGGCGAUCGUCGAGUUGCGACGGUUCAACGGCGACAAAGCGCAAGCAAUGGUCGCGUUAGUUGCUAAAUCACUCAAAUUCUGAUGUUUACUGAAAGCUCUGCGUGAGCGCAUUGCUGAACUAUUUGAUCUAAGUCUUUUAAGCACACUCGAUGUACCUACUAUAAUGUAGAUAUUUGAUGCACUGCUUUGCAGAAGCACUGCACUGCUAUCGAAAUGAAAUCUUAUCGACCACCGUAUUUAUUAUUUGCUAUUAUAUAUAUUGCUUUUUAUAUAGACAUGUCAAUUUUGACAUUACUGAUUAAAGUGUAGUGCUUAAUAUUAAUAGUGUAAAAAUGCUUUCAUUCGUUUUUUAAUGUCGUAUUUUACUGUGUUUAUUAUAAUUCACUUCUUGUAGACUUUACCAAAUGCGAAGGGAAGACUGUUUUAUUGUAUAUGUAUUGCCGUUAUCAAUUUUGACAUUACUGAUUGAAGCAUAAUAUUAGAAUAAUAGUCUUAAAUUACUAUUCUUCUUAAAUGUCGUGUUUUGUCGGUGUAUAUUGUAAUUCACUUCUUGUAGACAUCACCAAAAAGGAAGGGAAGACUUUUAUUUACCAUGUAUUGCCGUUAUCAAUUUUGACAUUACUGAUUGAAGCAUAAUAUUAGAUUAAGUACUAUCUGUUUCAAUGUGUUUUUUUUAAUGUAUAUUUUAAUUCACUUCUUAUAGACAUAACCAAAAUGGAAGAGAAGACUUUUAUUUACCAUGUAUUGCCAUUAUCAUUUUUGACAUUACUGAUUGAUUGAAGCAUAAAAUUAGAUUAAUAGGUUAAAUGUCGUGUUUUGCUGAUGUAUAAUUGUAAUUCACUUCUUGUAGACAUUAAAAAGGAAGGGAAGACUGUUUGAUUUACCAUGUAUUGCCGUUAUCAAUUUUGACAUUACUGAUUAAAUUAUAAUACAUAAUAUUAAAUUCAUAGUAUUAAAUUGCUGACUUUUUUAAUGUCGUGUAUACUGUAAUUCUCUUCUUGUAAACUACCAAAUGGGAAGGGAAGACUGUUUUAUUAAUUACGUAUUGCCGUUAGUAAUAUCUAUAUUACUGAUUGAAGUAUAAUGCAUAAUAAUAAUUCGAUAGUGUUAAAUUACUGACGUUUUCGAAUACGUGUUUUUCGGUGUGUAUUGUAAUUCACAUCUUAUAGAUUACCAAAUGGGAAGGGAAGACUGUUUUGUUAACCACGUAUUGCCGUUAUAUAGGCAUAUUUUGAUCAAAUAGUUCGAUUAAUAUAGGUUUCAUUGUCAAGCCCGAUUUUCUGUGGUGUAUUAUUGUAAACUGUAUAAAUAAGUAUAUAUAAAUGUGGGUGAAUUCAUAUAUAGUAGAUUAUAAGUGUACUACUGCUUUAUUAUGUAAUUGGUGUUGAUUAAUAAUUACAGGACAUUUUGAUAUUAUAAUUAAUGCGUAUUUAGACAUUUUGUAUUAUUAGUAAAAUUCUAUAUAUCUAUUGCUAUGUCUGCUUUGGCAGCUUAUCAAUCUUAUAUCUGCCCUAUAUAUUUUUGAAACUAAAUUCAGUUUUCUCAUUCAACCGAUCUACAUUUCUAUUUAUCACAUGCCCAACAAAUGCAAAGUUUUUUUUUUGUUGAAGAUUAUACAUAGAACAUGAUUGAAAAUAUCGUUCCGAUUCAGCAUUUCUUCAACCCUAUCUCUGAACCUAAUAUUUUAAUUUGAUAAUUUCAAUAAAUUACUGUUUAAUGAUGUAUCAUAAACUAAAUUUUUAAUACUUUCGACUUAUUAUUUAUUAGAAAUUUAGUUCAUGUGUGUUCAUAGUCUUAUAUAAAUAUCUCGCUGUGACAUCGACUGAUGAAAUUGAAAUUUUAAUUUCAGAGAUUGAUUUAGAGAAAUAGUGUUUCAGAAUCGACCUUAUUGUCAAAUAAAAGAGAUGGAAAACCUUAUUUGCCAUUUGAGCAGAAGUGUACUGCAGAUCUUAUAGAGGUAUUAGUUUGUUGUCAACUUUAGUUUUCUGACAUUUUCAUAUAAUAAUAUCAUUUAUUGACUCGUAGUUUCAUAAUGACAAUAAAAUAGUUAGAAUAACACAUAUUAAUGGAAAAGUUUACAUAGUGGAAUGAAUGAGAAAAAUUAUUUCCUUAUAGUGACUUUAAUGAAAAUGGGACAAAAAUCCCAUUUCACUAAUUGUUUUGAUUUGAUUAGCUGAAAAAUCUCUUAAAAGGUAAGUUUAGUAUAGAACCUGUGAAUAUGUCCCAUAUGAACAUAUAGGAGAGCGACGUGGUAGAAAGAAUUUUAAUCGGUUUUGUGUAAUAAAAAUAUUUCAUCGUAAAAUAAUCUGUUUACAGAAAAUAUUCAGGAAUAGUGUUCCAUAGAUUUUAUUCAUUUUAAUAAAAUGUAAUGGUUUAUGCUAAAUAAAUGCUAAUGCCUUGUCAUCAUAAUAUCAGCUAGUCAAUGUUCGUUGCGUAAUGUGACUUGAAAUUGACUAGCGAAUUUCUGCGGCCAUUAACUGCUUAAAACAUAUUUGUAGUUGACACUUCAAGUACUACAACUAUGCAAAUAAGAGGAAAAGCAAUAAUUUGAUGUGAUUUUAAAAUAUGUUACAUUUAUGGAAUACGCAGAAAGAAGGUGCAAUGUGAUUGUUCGUUUAAAAAAUAUUUACCUACAACUUUUUGGAAUUGAUCAAGGUAAAAAGAAUGUUUACCAAAUUGGAUUAAGCCGUAAUGGCGUUAAAAAGUAACAAAAAGUAAUAUUUACGAUACUAGUAAGUAGGUAUACUAAGCUGCGUCCCUUGUUGGUAGUGAUAUUUAUGGGCGCCUUUGCUGAUUUUUGACGUUGCUACUAGGAAAUAUUGAAUCUUUACUUUUUUAUCCGAUUAUAUGAAAUUGGGCAGUAUUACUGGGUUUAUUAGAGCAAGUUAUGAUUUUGUUUAUAUAUGUAUGUAUAUAUUAAUAUAAAACUUAGAUACAUUAAAAUUGUAAUUAUUUUUUGUUUACAUUCUAAAUCAUUAAAUGAUUCAAAAUGAAAA